GAAACCGGUCAUACGGUAUGUUAAUAUUUUGAGUCGCAUACUUUUUGUGUUCGUGAGCGUUCGUGAGUUAAAAAUGUCUUCGUUUGAUCCGGAAAAUCACUCAACCCCGUCACCGACGGCUGAAAAGUUGAUACAGUACCUUGCGACGCUCUCAGCUACCCUGGCCGCGGUGACUGCUGGUAAUUAUCUCGGCUGGUCAUCCCCAGCUCUCCCACUCUACAAUCAAAAGGAUACACUAACCUUGGUCGAGGACGAACAGUCAUGGGUCGGAUCCUUGCUCCCGCUGGGAGCUCUCGUGGGUGCCAUUCCCGCUGGAUGGAUAGCCGAUAAAGUAGGACGAAAAAAGGCCAUACUGAUGAUUGGCGUUCCUUAUUUGAUUUGCUGGUUCAUCAUAGGAUUUGCACCAAGCCCUUUAUGGUUGUUCGUGGCUCGAUUUUUUGCUGGAGCUGCAAUCGGGGCAACGACAGUCGUGGUUCCGUUGUACGUGUCCGAAAUUGCGGAGCCAGCCAUUCGAGGUACUCUUGGUGCGUUGUUCCAGCUCCAGAUCACGAUUGGCAUUUCGCUGGGAUAUUUGACAGGUUUGAUAAAAAAUUUGAAAUGGAUCGCCGUCACCUCAGCCCUUACACCGGCAGCUCUGCUGCUGGUUUUUCUCUUCAUGCCGGAAACGCCGGUGUGGUUGAUCGGCCAAGACCGUCGAGACGACGCGGAGAGAGCCAUGGAGCGACUUAGGGGAAAAAGUUACCCCUUUCAGCAGGAGCUUGCGCAGCUCGAGAGCAAUAGAAAAUCUCAGAGGAUGCAUAAGGCUAGCUUUACCGAGUUGAAGAAUCACAAAAGGGCCGUGCUGAUAUCCUUCGGACUUAUGAUUCUCCAACAACUGUCUGGAAUAAAUGCCGUAAUCUUUUACGCCGAGGAACUUUUCAAGGCCGAAGGGUCGGCACUUAGCCCAACGGCUUGCACGGGCAUCAUGGGUGUCGCCCAGGUCUUCGCAACCUGCGUAUCCAUGCUGCUGAUCGACAAAGCCGGCCGAAGAAUUCUUCUCAUGACCAGUUCCAGCGUCAUGGGUCUUUGUCUUAUUGCCGUCGCCCUGCAUUUCUAUUUUCAGUCUGGAGUACAAUCGACCGGCAUCCCAUGGGCGCCUCUGAUAUUCUUAACGAUCUACGUAAUCAUGUUCGCCAUCGGAUUUGGACCAGUGCCUUGGAUCAUGGUGAACGAAGUGUCGCCGACAAACGUCGUGGGCACAAUCGGUUCCGCGGCAGCGAUGUUGAAUUGGUCGCUGGCCUUCGCGGUGACAAAGAUUUUCAUCAACAUGAAACUCGUCAUUGGCUUGCCGCUGUCAUUCGGCAUGUUCGCAUUGAUAUGCUUAACCGGUACUAUUUUCAUCGCGGCUAUCAUACCCGAAACAAAGGGCAAGACCAGGGAGGAAAUUCAGAUGAAAUUGCACAGGAUCAGGAAGAUGGAAACGAAAAACGACACCGUCGCUAACGACCAAACUACGCUGUGAUCUAGUAACGAUCGCGAGGUCAUCAUGGAGUCACGGGAUAUGAUAAGAGGGAAUGGAAUGGGAUGAGUUCGACGGACGAAAGGGGCGCUUAUCGCUCAUCCCCUGAAGAACAGCGAAAAAUUCAAGAUUCUCGUUUCGAGCAAGGAAACCCGGGUCCUUCUUUUAUCAUGUUGAUGGGGUCCCGUGCUAUCCAAUGUCACACUGUUGGUCCUCGUGGUCCUUCUCAUUUUUUAACUCAGACUCUAUUACCACGGACUCUUCUUCUUUACAGGGAUGCAAGUGACCUAUAACUUAGACCCAAGAUUACUCUGAAUUGGGGUUGUGGCUUGAUUUGUUACUAAAGCAACUGCGGAAGCUUCAUUUCUUCUACUUUCGGACCUGAAUUCUGUCUCUCAUUGCAUUUGUUGUUGUAAUGACAAAGCAUUGAUCCGUUCUUGAUCUAAUUAACGGAUGGUUUUCACUGUGUUUUUUCAUCCGUUUUUCCCUUCGUAUUCUAAUAGAAGGAAAACCUGAAACAAUCACCUUACCACCAGGUCCUUUAAUGCACUCGGAUCAAGGAUUUAAACCGAAUAGAAAUUUCACGCUGUAAUUUCGGUCAGCGAUAAUUUCGAUUUUUGUCCACCUUCACUGGCUCUUGUACAUGAGUAAUAAUCCCGAAUCGAUCAUUUUAUAUCGAGGAAAAAGUAAAGAAUGAAAUGUCUUUUUUUUUCAUUUGUAAAAGCUUGUAUGACUCUGACAAUUAAGUGAAUACGAUAUGGUAUAAGUACCCCAUGAAUAUUUAUAAACUGAUUUACCGAUUUUAAUGGAUUUAUGGAACAUACUACUGGCAAAAGAAUGACACAAACCUUUUGUCAUAACUUUAUCAUUAGUAUAUGUCAACAUUAUUGACUACUCAGACUUCGUCAUAAAUAUUAUAUUUAAUUGUAUAUUAAAAACGGAAACGCUUCGAAGUGCAAUUACAUUUAAGAUCAUGAAAAUUCUCACGCACGUGCCGACUUUAUGUGUCUGAAAAAACAUAAUUUUCUUUUUAAAUACAUCGUAUUGUUUAUUUUUAAAUGAAACUAUUAGGCAUCGCCUUGCCAUCACAUUUUGACGCAAGAAUGACAUUGCAUUUUCAGUUACAAAUGAGAAACGUUUUAUGUAAAAAUUGGAGGCACCGUUUCAACUCGUUAUGGUAUAAGAUGAUUUGAUUAUGCCGAGGGCGGACUCUUAGGUGUCAAACGGAACAAAAUACUGGCUUAUGUGAUUGAGAAAAAAAAAAAUCAAAAAUCUUCCCUCUGGCAAAGUUAUUUUUUUUUUCCAAAAUUCCGGGUCAAUGUAUUCUGGCAAAAAGUUCAAACAACUUAUCAUUGAUUAUUGGUGAAAGAACUUUGUUACACGCAAAAUGAUCGUUUCAAGAAACUCGCCCAAGUACCGGUUUUUUCUUGGUAAUGAGGUAUACGUCCGACUGUGUAUUGACAGUUGCAACUUUCUGUGAUUAAAGUGUUUUUCCUUAUACGAAUAAAUCGUAGGACCCGAAAGAAAUGCCGAUCGCAAAAAGGAUUUUACGCAUGUCGCACUUUCGCGAAAUAACCAAUAUAAUAUAUAUAUAUACGAGAUAUAUAGAUAUAAGUACGUGUGCGUGUACACUGUAUGCGGCAUAUAAAUUUGAACUCAAUUAACGUGUUUGUAUAGACAUAUGUACAGUGUAAAUUACUGAUAAUAGUAAACCAAAAAUUGGUAAUGAUAAUCACCAUACUUGG